AUGUCAAUGAGACAGCAUACCAAUAACACUGAAAAGCCAAGAGAUCUGAGGUAUAUGUCAAUGAGACAGCAUACCAAUAACACUGAAAAGCCAAGAGAUCUGGGGUAUAUGUCAAUGAGACAGCAUACCAAUAACACUGAAAAGACAAGCGAUGUGGGGUAUAUGUCAAUGAGACAGCAUACCAAUAACACUGAAAAGACAAGCGAUGUGGGGUGCAUGUCAAUGAGACAGCAUACCAAUAACACUGAAAAGCAAAGAGAUCUGGGGUAUAUGUCAAUGAGACAGCAUACCAAUAACACUGAAAAGCCAAGAGAUCUGGGGUAUAUGUCAAUGAGACAGCAUACCAAUAACACUGAAAAGCCAAGAAAUGUGGGGUAUAUGUCAAUGAGACAGCAUACCAAUAACACUGAAAAGCCAAGAGAUGUGGGGUAUAUGUCAAUGAGACAGCAUACCAAUAACACUGAAAAGACUAGAGAUGUGGGAUAUAUGUCAAUGAGACAGCAUACCAAUAACACUAAAAAGCCAAGAAAUGUGGGGUAUAUGUCAAUGAGACAGCAUACCAAUAACACUGAAAAGCCAAGAGAUCUGGAGUAUAUGUCAAUGAGACAGCAUACCAAUAACACUGAAAAGACAAGAAAUGUGGGGUAUAUGUCAAUGAGACAGCAUACCAAUAACACUGAAAAGACAAGAAAUGUGGGGUAUAUGUCAAUGAGACAGCAUACCAAUAACACUAAAAAGCCAAGAGAUGUGAGGUAUAUGUCAAUGAGACAGCAUACCAAUAACACAGAAAAGACUAGAGAUGUGGGAUAUAUGUCAAUAAGACAGCAUACCAAUAACACUGAAAAGACAAGCGAUGUGGGGUAUAUGUCAAUGAGACAGCAUACCAAUAACACUGAAAAGACUAGAGAUGUGGGGUAUAUGUCAAUGAGACAGCAUACCAAUAACACAGAAAAGACUAGAGAUGUGGGAUAUAUGUCAAUGAGACAGAAUACCAAUAACACUGAAAAGCCAAGAGAUGUGGGAUAUAUGUCAAUGAGACAGAAUACCAAUAAUACUGAAAAUCCAAGAGAUGUGGGAUAUAUGUCAAUGAGACAGAAUACCAAUAACACUGAAAAGACAAGAGAUGUGGGAUAUAUGACAAUGAGACAGAAUACCAAUAACACUGAAAAGCCAAGAAAUGUGGGGUAUAUGUCAAUGAGACAGCAUACCAAUAACACUGAAAAGACAAGCGAUGUGGGGUAUAUGUCAAUGAGACAGCAUACCAAUAACACUGAAAAGACUAGAUAUGUGGGAUAUAUGUCAAUGAGACAGCAUACCAAAAACACUGAAAAGACAAGCGAUGUGGGGUAUAUGUCAAUGAGACAGCAUACCAAUAACACUGAAAAGCCAAGAGAUCUGGAGUAUAUGUCAAUGAGACAGCAUACCAAUAACACUGAAAAGACUAGAUAUGUGGGAUAUAUGUCAAUGAGACAGCAUACCAAUAACACUGAAAAGACAAGAAAUGUGGGGUAUAUGUCAACGAGACAGCAUACCAAUAACACUGAAAAGACAAGAGAUGUGGGGUAUAUGUCAAUGAGACAGCAUACCAAUAACACUGAAAAGACUAGAUAUGUGGGAUAUAUGUCAAUGAGACAGCAUACCAAUAACACUGAAAAGCCAAGAAAUGUGGGGUAUAUGUCAAUGAGACAGCAUACCAAUAACACUGAAAAGACUAGAUAUGUGGGAUAUAUGUCAAUGAGACAUCAUACCAAUAACACUGAAAAGACAAGCGAUGUGGGGUAUAUGUCAAUGAGACAGCAUACCAAUAACACUGAAAAGACAAGAGAUGUGGGGUAUAUGUCAAUGAGACAGCAUACCAAUAACACUGAAAAGACAAGAGAUGUGGGGUAUAUGUCAAUGAGACAGCAUACCAAUAACACUGAAAAGACAAGAAAUGUGGGGUAUAUGUCAAUGAGACAGCAUACCAAUAACACUGAAAAGACAAGAGAUGUGGGGUAUAUGUCAAUGAGACAGCAUACCAAUAACACUGAAAAGACUAGAUAUGUGGGAUAUAUGUCAAUGAGACAGCAUACCAAUAACACUGAAAAGCCAAGAAAUGUGGGGUAUAUGUCAAUGAGACAGCAUACCAAUAACACAGAAAAGACUAGAGAUGUGGGAUAUAUGUCAAUGAUACAGCAUACCAAUAACACUGAAAAGCCAAGAGAUGUGGGAUAUAUGUCAAUGAGACAGCAUACCAAUAACACUGAAAAGCCAAGAAAUGUGGGGUAUAUGUCAAUGAGACAGCAUACCAAUAACACUGAAAAGCCAAGAGAUCUGGAGUAUAUGUCAAUGAGACAGCAUACCAAUAACACUGAAAAGACAAGAAAUGUGGGGUAUAUGUCAAUGAGACAGCAUACCAAUAACACUGAAAAGACAAGAAAUGUGGGGUAUAUGUCAAUGAGACAGCAUACCAAUAACACUAAAAAGCCAAGAGAUGUGAGGUAUAUGUCAAUGAGACAGCAUACCAAUAACACAGAAAAUACUAGAGAUGUGGGAUAUAUGUCAAUAAGACAGCAUACCAAUAACACUGAAAAGACAAGCGAUGUGGGGUAUAUGUCAAUGAGACAGCAUACCAAUAACACUGAAAAGACUAGAGAUGUGGGGUAUAUGUCAAUGAGACAGCAUACCAAUAACACAGAAAAGACUAGAGAUGUGGGAUAUAUGUCAAUGAGACAGAAUACCAAUAACACUGAAAAGCCAAGAGAUGUGGGAUAUAUGUCAAUGAGACAGAAUACCAAUAAUACUGAAAAUCCAAGAGAUGUGGGAUAUAUGUCAAUGAGACAGAAUACCAAUAACACUGAAAAGACAAGAGAUGUGGGAUAUAUGACAAUGAGACAGAAUACCAAUAACACUGAAAAGCCAAGAAAUGUGGGGUAUAUGUCAAUGAGACAGCAUACCAAUAACACUGAAAAGACAAGCGAUGUGGGGUAUAUGUCAAUGAGACAGCAUACCAAUAACACUGAAAAGACUAGAUAUGUGGGAUAUAUGUCAAUGAGACAGCAUACCAAUAACACUGAAAAGACAAGCGAUGUGGGGUAUAUGUCAAUGAGACAGCAUACCAAUAACACUGAAAAGCCAAGAGAUCUGGAGUAUAUGUCAAUGAGACAGCAUACCAAUAACACUGAAAAGAUUAGAUAUGUGGGAUAUAUGUCAAUGAGACAGCAUACCAAUAACACUGAAAAGACAAGAAAUGUGGGGUAUAUGUCAACGAGACAGCAUACCAAUAACACUGAAAAGACAAGAGAUGUGGGGUAUAUGUCAAUGAGACAGCAUACCAAUAACACUGAAAAGACUAGAUAUGUGGGAUAUAUGUCAAUGAGACAGCAUACCAAUAACACUGAAAAGCCAAAAAAUGUGGGGUAUAUGUCAAUGAGACAGCAUACCAAUAACACUGAAAAGACUAGAUAUGUGGGAUAUAUGUCAAUGAGACAGCAUACCAAUAACACUGAAAAGACAAGCGAUGUGGGGUAUAUGUCAAUGAGACAGCAUACCAAUAACACUGAAAAGCCAAGAAAUGUGGGGUAUAUGUCAAUGAGACAGCAUACCAAUAACACUGAAAAGCCAAGAGAUCUGGAGUAUAUGUCAAUGAGACAGCAUACCAAUAACACUGAAAAGACAAGAAAUGUGGGGUAUAUGUCAAUGAGACAGCAUACCAAUAACACUGAAAAGACAAGAAAUGUGGGGUAUAUGUCAAUGAGACAGCAUACCAAUAACACUAAAAAGCCAAGAGAUGUGAGGUAUAUGUCAAUGAGACAGCAUACCAAUAACACAGAAAAUACUAGAGAUGUGGGAUAUAUGUCAAUAAGACAGCAUACCAAUAACACUGAAAAGACAAGCGAUGUGGGGUAUAUGUCAAUGAGACAGCAUACCAAUAACACUGAAAAGACUAGAGAUGUGGGGUAUAUGUCAAUGAGACAGCAUACCAAUAACACAGAAAAGACUAGAGAUGUGGGAUAUAUGUCAAUGAGACAGAAUACCAAUAACACUGGAAAGCCAAGAGAUGUGGGAUAUAUGUCAAUGAGACAGAAUACCAAUAAUACUGAAAAUCCAAGAGAUGUGGGAUAUAUGUCAAUGAGACAGAAUACCAAUAACACUGAAAAGACAAGAGAUGUGGGAUAUAUGACAAUGAGACAGAAUACCAAUAACACUGAAAAGCCAAGAAAUGUGGGGUAUAUGUCAAUGAGACAGCAUACCAAUAACACUGAAAAGACAAGCGAUGUGGGGUAUAUGUCAAUGAGACAGCAUACCAAUAACACUGAAAAGACUAGAUAUGUGGGAUAUAUGUCAAUGAGACAGCAUACCAAUAACACUGAAAAGACAAGCGAUGUGGGGUAUAUGUCAAUGAGACAGCAUACCAAUAACACUGAAAAGCCAAGAGAUCUGGAGUAUAUGUCAAUGAGACAGCAUACCAAUAACACUGAAAAGACUAGAUAUGUGGGAUAUAUGUCAAUGAGACAGCAUACCAAUAACACUGAAAAGACAAGAAAUGUGGGGUAUAUGUCAACGAGACAGCAUACCAAUAACACUGAAAAGACAAGAGAUGUGGGGUAUAUGUCAAUGAGACAGCAUACCAAUAACACUGAAAAGACUAGAUAUGUGGGAUAUAUGUCAAUGAGACAGCAUACCAAUAACACUGAAAAGCCAAGAAAUGUGGGGUAUAUGUCAAUGAGACAGCAUACCAAUAACACUGAAAAGACUAGAUAUGUGGGAUAUAUGUCAAUGAGACAGCAUACCAAUAACACUGAAAAGACAAGCGAUGUGGGGUAUAUGUCAAUGAGACAGCAUACCAAUAACACUGAAAAGACAAGAGAUGUGGGGUAUAUGUCAAUGAGACAGCAUACCAAUAACACUGAAAAGACAAGAGAUGUGGGGUAUAUGUCAAUGAGACAGCAUACCAAUAACACUGAAAAGACAAGAAAUGUGGGGUAUAUGUCAAUGAGACAGCAUACCAAUAACACUGAAAAGACAAGAGAUGUGGGGUAUAUGUCAAUGAGACAGCAUACCAAUAACACUGAAAAGACUAGAUAUGUGGGAUAUAUGUCAAUGAGACAGCAUACCAAUAACACUGAAAAGCCAAGAAAUGUGGGGUAUAUGUCAAUGAGACAGCAUACCAAUAACACAGAAAAGACUAGAGAUGUGGGAUAUAUGUCAAUGAGACAGCAUACCAAUAACACUGAAAAGACAAGAGAUGUGGGGUAUAUGUCAAUGAGACAGCAUACCAAUAACACUGAAAAGACUAGAUAUGUGGGAUAUAUGUCAAUGAGACAGCAUACCAAUAACACUGGAAAGCCAACAGAUGUGGGGUUUUUGUCAAUGAGACAGCAUACCAAUAAUACCAUUACAAAAAGAAAAGAGGUGUGGAUAUACGUCAAUGAUAUAGCAUACCAUCAAUACCGAUAG